AUGUUUUCUUCUAGGUGUGGUUUUGCAGGAGAAACGGGACCAAGGUGCAUUAUUCCCAGUGAAAUAAAGAAACCUGAUGUCACAAAGCCUGUCAAAGUUGUUCAGUAUAAUAUUAAUACAGAAGAGCUCUAUUCAUACCUGAAGGAUUUUAUCCACAUGCUGUAUUUCAGACAUCUGCUGGUGAAUCCUCGAGACCGUCGUGUUGUGAUCAUCGAGUCUGUCCUGUGCCCUUCACACUUCAGAGACACGCUCACAAGAGUCCUUUUCAAGCAUUUUGAGGUUCCUUCUGUUUUGUUUGCUCCAAGUCAUCUGAUGUCUCUGCUGACGCUUGGGAUCAAUUCUGCCAUGGUGCUCGACUGUGGAUAUGCAGAAAGCUUGGUGCUGCCUAUCUACGAGGGGAUUCCGAUUCUGAGCUGCUGGGGUGCUCUUCCCCUGGGAGGAAAGGCCAUCCACAAGGAGCUGGAGUACCAGUUGCUGGAGCAGUGCAUGGUGGAUACAGGAUUAGCCAAAGGACAGAGCCUUCCAUCUGUGAUGGGCUCAGUUCCAGAAGACAUAGUAGAGGAUAUAAAAGUCCGCACUUGUUUCGUGAGCGAUCUCCAACGUGGGCUGAAGAUCCAGGCAGCCAAGUUCAACAUCGAUGGCAGUGCUGAGCGUCCUUCACCACCUCCAGACGUGGACUAUCCUUUAGAUGGAGAAAAGAUUCUCCAUGUAGUUGGCCCUAUCAGAGACUCCGUUGUGGAAAUACUGUUUGAACAGGAUAAUGAGGAGACGUCUGUCGCCACUUUGAUCCUGGAUUCACUCAUUCAGUGUCCCAUAGACACCAGGAAGCAGCUGGCAGAGAACUUGGUGGUUAUUGGUGGCACCGCGAUGUUGCCAGGAUUCCUUCACAGGCUCAUGGCUGAGAUCAGAUACCUGGUGGAGAAACCCAAAUACAAGGAAGUUCUUGCCACUAAAACCUUCAGAAUUCACACCCCCCCCGCCAAACCCAACUGCGUGGCCUGGCUGGGAG